GGAGAUCAGGGCACCAAGAUGGCGGCGCGCGUAGCGUGUGUGGCUCUGUGCCGGCGCCUGCAGCAGGAAUUGGGGAAUUCCUCUAUAACUGGUUCUCAGAACAGGACAACCAGAGCUGGUGGCCUCGCGCUCAGUGCCAGUAUGAAGUGGGUGCCACUGUCAAACCUGCAUGUGGACGUCCCAAAGGAUGUGACCAGACCUACGAUAACCACUUCCGAUGAGCCAGACACGUUGUACAAACGCCUGUCCAUCUUAGUGAAAGCCCAUGACAAGGCUGUGCUAGACAGUUAUGAGUACUUUGCCAUGCUCGCUGCUAAAGAACUUGGCCUUUCUAUUAAAGUACACGAGCCGCCAAGGAAAAUAGAGCGCUUCACUCUUCUCAAGUCGGUGCACAUCUUCAAGAAGCACAGAGUCCAGUAUGAGAUGAGGACACUCUACAGAUGUUUGGAGUUAAAACAUUUGACCGGAAGCACAGCCAGUGUCUACCUGGAAUAUAUCCAGCGAAACUUGCCUGAAGGGGUGGCCAUGGAAGUGACAAAGACGCAGAUACAGCAGUUGCCAGAACACAUCAAGGAGCCGAUGUGGGAAACAGCUCCCGAGGAGAAAGAAGAGAGCAAGUCGUAAGCCUCAGGGCCGGGACGGCGGCUGUGCCAGGAUCGGGCCUGAGCAUGUGUUCCAUGGAGAGCGCCCCCCUGAGGGCAGUCAGGGCCGCCUGCCCUUGCUCGGCUGGGGCCUCACCCCUGGGCAGCCAGGCACCACUGUAUCUGUUCUCUAUACCAGAGGAUGCUUGUGUCCCCAUUUGAACAAACGUUAGCAAACUUCUGCAUAACCCAAACAAAAGAACCAGAUUAAAACAUUUGCGUAGCGCUGCUGACUUCUUGUUAGCCUGUGCUAAUUCUA